AUGACAGAAACAAGGGAAAAUAAAGACCGACUUGGGAAAUCUAGUGAAGAGGAAUUAGAGGAGAUUGUCUUUUUGGAGGAAGAAGAUAUAUCAAAAGGUGUGAAUGCUUGCACUAACAGUCUCUAUGGUAGAAUUUUCGCUUCCAAAACAUUCUCAAUUAGAACUAUGGAGAAUGCACUAAAGGCAAUCUGGGGUAAACUAGAGGGAUUCAAAGUCUGCGACAUGGGCGAUAACAAAUUCCAAUUUUUCUUCUUGAAUGAAGUGGAUGUAAUCCAUAUUGAACGUGGAGCACCGUGGCUGUUCAAAGAUUAUGUGCUUCAUGUCAAACGGUGGAAUGAAGAGUAUAGACCUAAUGUGGAGAUUAUAACUAGCUUUCCAAUUUGGAUGCAAUUUUGGGGAAUGCCAGAGCCUUAUAAAACGCUAGAAGUUGUCAGGAAGUUGGGGGAAUGGAUUGGCCCAAUGCUAGAGGUCGGACUCUUCUAG